GGUCAUGUUCGCUGUCUCUCUCGGGGUGCUCGCUCUGUGCUGUCUGUGCUGCUGUCUGGGGUUCCUGGUGCUUGUCCAACGCCGGCUCCCUCACUGUGUGAUGGCCCGAACCGAGAAACCCUUCUUCAGGAUCGCUUACAGCCUGUACACCAAGACGCGGCUGGGAUACUUAUUCUACAAGCGUCAACUGAAGAAAGCGCGGGAGAGGUACCCUCAUGGCCACUCGUCCACUCAGGCCAUCGUUUUCAGUGGGGUUAAAGUGGUGCCAAUUCCUGUGCUUUCUGAUAACUACAGUUACCUGAUUAUUGACACUGCGUCCAGCCUAGCUGUGGCUGUGGAUCCUUCCGACCCUAUUGCUGUCCAGACAUACCUGGAACGGGAAGGAUUGACUCUGGAAGCCAUUCUGUGCACGCACAAACACUGGGACCAUAGUGGAGGCAAUAAGGCGUUAAAGAGACAGUAUAAGUCCUGCCGUGUUUAUGGAAGUUCCAAUGACGACAUUCCACAGCUGACGAAUCCUCUAACAGACAGAGAACAGAUAACCGUUGGAAGGCUGCAAUUCCAGGCAUUUUUUACCCCGGGUCAUACAGUUGGUCACAUGAUUUAUCUGCUGGAUGGCAAGUCAGGAGAUGGACCGGACUGCCUCUUUUCUGGAGAUCUGCUUUUCCUGGCUGGCUGUGGGAGGAUGUUUGAGGGAUCAGCACAAACCAUGCUGGCGUCACUAGAUACGGUGGCUUCUCUCAGUGAUAAUGCUCUUCUUUGGCCCGGCCAUGAGUAUGCGGCAGACAACCUAACAUUUGCAGCAGUAGUGGAACCAGAGAAUACUGUGCGAGAUCGGAAGUUUCAAUGGGUUUUACAGCACAGACUAGAGAAAAAAUGCACGUGUCCCUCCACCCUUGGGGAAGAGAAAGAGUAUAACCCAUUUCUACGGACUCACUGCCAAGAUCUACACCUGGCCCUUGACCUCCAGCGAGGAGAGGAUGAAGAAUGGAGUCACUUUCGUGCCAGAAUCUUGGAGGAGGUCAGGAGGAGAAAAGACCUCUUCAAAGGGAGAUAGUCCUCUUCUAAGGAAUGCCGUACCCUGCAGUAUCUUGCAUAAAGAAGAUUUGGAUAUAUGUUUUUAGUAAAUACCCCUUAGCAGUUAGCUACUGAUGUGUCGCUUUGAUAUUCAAUAUUUGUAGAGGGGCAAACGUUAUCCAAGUCUCCUAACUUGUCAUGUUCUUCAUCCCAACCAUCAUUCCACAAUCAUGUUCUGUUUUAAUGCUUCCUGUUCUGGAUUUUACAACUGUAUGAGUUGGAAAAAUGAUGGAUAAUCUGGAUUGCUGUCGGACAGUUCUGACAUUAUAGGACAAUGUUAAACCUGAAAAAUCUGGAUAAGCUGGAUUUUGUGGGAGAGUUUAGACUUUAUAGGACAAUGUUCAAUCAUACGGGUUUCGAUUAAUCAUAACCAAGACAUUAACCGGCACCAUUCAGGUUUAAAAUCCUGAUCCUUUUUACGCUACAUUUUGGUUGAACUGCUUUGGUUGAAUGAAGACUGUUGCACGUAUAUCAAUCUGUACAUUAAGAUCGAAAACAAGCUGGCUCUGAGACAAAGCAUGUAAUUAAGUGGGUCCAAUGCUUUGCAUCGUGAAGCAGCAUCUUUGAGUCCAGAAUUUGAAAUUUUAUUAUUUAAGUAAACUGGAUUUUAUCAUACUGCUGAACAAAGCACUGGUUAGUUACAUUGGGAGCCCGAUUAACUCCCACAUUUAUCUUUGUUUGGCACCGAGAUCUUACACUUAAUGGGUUGGUGGAAAUAACCCUAGUGAGGUCAUUUUGUUAUGGAAUAGCUUGUGCCUAUGGGCCCCUUGCUGGUCUCUACAGAUACUGCGUGUUUUUUUUGUUUG